AUGGCAGGCAGAUCACUAUGCCCUCAUAACACAGCUGCUCAUAAUCAUCAGAAUAAACCCAGUCUUGGGGAAAAUAAAAACCCACCAUGUUCAUUUUCCAUUGAAAGCAUUUUGGGGAUAGAGCGGAAGAAAGAUGGCACUCCAGCUGCAAAGCCCCACAGGCCAUGGGUGGAUAAAUGCAAUGAUUUCGGAGCAGAUUGCAACCCUUGUCUACCUUCCAUUGCCUAUGCGAUUCCUUUGUUUAAUGCAAGAAGCUAUCCAGAGGAAGAAGAAAGAGUUCUCAAAUGUGAAAACUACUUUGCAGUCAAUGAAAAGCUUUCAUACAAAAGGGAAUUAAGCUGGUACAGAGGUAGGAGGCUGAGGACCGCAUUCACUCGAAACCAGAUUGAAGUACUGGAAAAUGUUUUUAGAGUGAACUCUUAUCCUGGCAUUGAUGUUAGAGAAGAACUAGCUCAAAAACUAGAUUUAGCUGAAGACAGGAUCCAGAUUUGGUUCCAGAAUCGGCGAGCAAAGCUGAAGCGAUCCCAUAGAGAAUCUCAAUUUCUAAUGGUGAAAAAUACUUUCUCUCAAAACAUGGUAAAAUAGGAAAAAUACAAAGAACUCUUGUACAUAAUUAUGCUUGGUCUGUAAUGGAUGUGUAUGGUAAUCAGAAUAAUUACCAGAUU